ACAAAGUAUCCUCCAUUUCGAAACCAAGGGGGGUAUAUUUUCAUUACAUGCUUGUCACCUCUGAGUUACAAGUAUUGCUACUAUCCACUUGUUAAUACCAUCAUAUCUGAAGACCUCUGCCUGGUUAAUUUCAGAUUAAAAAUGACGAGGCAUACAGUUUGCAAAAGAACAUCCUCAAACCAUAUCCAUGGGAAACCAAUCACGAAUGCAAGAUCAAACAUUAAAUUGGAAGACCUUCCACAGGAUGUGCUCUGCACAAUUGUAUCAAAGUUGCCUCCUAAAGAGGUCUCAAGGGCUAGUGUUUUGUCAAGUAAUUGGAGAUAUAUCUGUGCUACUUGUUGCUAUAAAUUAUGUUUCACUGUUCCUGCUGGGUAUCCCCAUCGUAUUCUUGAAAGAAAAGAAUACUGCCAACGUAUGCAGGAAUUCAUCAAUAAUGUUAACGCGGUAGUAAGAAAUUGCCAUGGCAAGUUGAUUGAAGAAUUCAAUAUAAAAUUGCAGUUUGACAACAUGUUCGUUGAUCAUCUGAAUGAUUGGGUUAAUUUUGCGGUGUCAGCACAGAUAAGGAAGAUAGCUUUCUACUUAGAUCCAAAUAAACUGGGGCUUUGGGAUCCUGAUCAUUACGAAUUUCCAUUUCACCUCUUGGAUAGUGAAAGCAUAUAACGUCUAGAGUGCAUUCAACUUAGCUUUGUAUCUUUGAGACCACCAUCGGAAUUCAGUGGUUUCCCAAGCUUAAGAAAGCUUGACCUAGAAUUCGUGGAUAUCACUAGAACGGAUCUUGAAGUUAUAUUGUCCAAUUGCUGUUAUCUUAAAUGGUUAAGCCUAGUCAGAUGCUACCUGAAUGACGAGCUAAAGUUGGAUCGUCCAUUGCCCAACCUUCGACACCUAGCAGUUGUAUGGUGUGACAUAACCAGGAUAGAACUUCCAAUUCUGAAACUGGAUACAUUUGUAUAUCAUGGACACAUUGUUCCAAUUGUUAUAAAUCGAGAUUCCAUGUUUGAAAAUGCACAACUAUGGCUCUUCAAGGCAAAUUUCGAUGAUGCUGUCAGUGUAGUUCUCAAUGGUAUUCCGAGGGUGCAAAAUCUGACGCUACAAAUUUUGAA